CCUCGAAAAGGAUUCUAGGAAAUGUAGUUAGAAGGUGGAACUGGAGGCAAGCUUCAAGAACCUGAGACUUCCGACAGCCCGUUCUGCCUUCUUAGUGAGUGCUCUGCUCGUCCCCAAGAAAGAACAAUUCCCCAAGAAAGAAGGAAAUGACUUCAGUGCUCCUAACAGCCCAAUCUCAGAUCCCACUGACAUUCCAGGAUGUGGCUGUGGACUUCACCUGGGAGGAAUGGGGACUCUUGGAACCUUCUCAGAAGGACAUGUACUGGGAUGUGAUGCUGGAGAACUAUGAGAAUUUUGUCUCUCUUGGAGGUGUUCCUCUUUCCAUACCAGAUGUAAUUUCCCAGAUGGAAAGAAUAGAAGCUCCAUGGAAAGCAGAGGGAGGAGUCCUCAUUAGUACUUUCUUAGAUUCCCUUAGUCAGAAGACAAGAUGUGAAACCAAGGAGACAACUGGGAAGCAGGAUAUUUUUUUGGGAGAACUAUUUAAAGAGAAAUUUGUAAAGGAAGGGCCCUGGCAUUCCAUAUGGGGAGAAACUUGGGAUUGUGGUGACAGGUUAGAUAGGCAGAAAGGAAACCAAGAAACACAGUCUCAGGAGGUAACAAUCCUUAAUGAAUCUGUUUGUGAAUAUAAUAUAUUUGGGAGAAAGCUCAACCUGGGGUCAGUUGUUAUUCCACAACAGAGAGUUCAUGUAGGUUCAUGUAGGAGUCUUCCUAAAUACAGUACACUUGGAAGGAGUUUAAAGCAGUUUUUUGAUCCACUUAAACCUAAGAGAAUCUCCAUUGGGAAAAAACUCAAGUAUAGUAAAUGCAAGAAGCCCUUCAGUUAUAAGUCAAACCUUAUUUAUUACCAUAGAAACUACCCUCAGGGGAAACCCCAUAAAUGUAAUGAAUGUAACAAAGCCUUUAGCAAGAAAGGAAGCCUUAGUGCGCAUAAACUAAUUCAUACUGGAGAGAAACGGUUUGAAUGUAGUGCCUGUGGAAGAGGCUUCAGAUAUCAUUCAUCUCUUAAACAGCAUCAAAUAAUUCAUACUGGUGAGAAACCCUAUAAAUGCAGUGAAUGCGGGAAAGGCUUUAGCCAGAGAGGAAUCCUUAAGACACAUAAAAUCAGUCAUACUAGAGAAAACCACUUAGAAUGUAAUGUAUGUGGGAAAGGCUUCAGAUACCGUGCAUCCCUUAGGGUACAUAAGAAAAUUCAUACUGGAGAGAAGCCACAUAUAUGUAAUGAGUGUGGGAAAGCCUUCAGCCUGAAGGGAAAUCUUAGAACGCAUAAGAGAUUUCAUACGGGUGAGAUGCCUUUUGAAUGUAAUGAAUGUGGGAAAGCCUUCAUCCUGAGAAGAGAUCUCAACAAACACAAGAGAAUUCAUACUGGUGAGAAACCCUAUGUAUGUAACGAAUGUGGGAAAGCCUUCAGAUGGAAUGGAAGUCUUAAAUCACAUAAGAGAAUUCAUACUGGAGAGAAACCCUAUGUAUGUAAUGAAUGUGGGAAAGCAUUCACCAAUUAUCAAAGUCUAACUCAUCAUCAAAUAUUUCAUACUGGAGAGAAAACCUUUCAGUGUAAUGAAUGUGAGAAAGCUUUCACUCAGAGAGCAAACCUUAAUAGACAUAAAAGAAUUCAUACUGGAGAGAAACCCUAUAUAUGUAAUGAAUGUGGAAAGGCUUUUAUUGUCAUGGGAAACCUUAAAAGACAUAUGAGAAUCCAUACAGGAGAGAAACCUUAUAAAUGUAAUGAAUGUGGAAAAGCGUUCACCAAUCAUCAAAGCCUAAUUCAUCAUCAAAUAUUUCAUACAGGAGAGAAAACUUUUCAGUGUAAUGAAUGUGAGAAAGCCUUCACUACAAAGGGAAACCUUAAUAUACAUAAGAGGGUUCAUACUGGAGAGAAACCAUAUGUAUGUAAUGAAUGUGGUAAGUCAUUUAAUGUGAAGAGAACUCUGACUAUGCAUAAAAUAACUCAUACUGGAGAGAAACCCUAUGAAUGUAGUGAAUGUGGGAAAGCAUUUAGCCAGAAGGGAAGUCUUAAAAGACAUAAGAGAAUCCAUACUGGGGAGAAACCCUAUAAAUGUAAUGAAUGUGGAAAGGCUUUUACCAAUCAACAAAGUUUAACUUACCAUCAAGUCUGUCAUACCAGGGAGAGACCUUUUCAGUGUAAUGAAUGUGGGAAAACCUUCAUCCAGAAAGGAAAACUUAAUAGACAUUCCAUAACUCAUAAGGGAAUGAAACUCUACAUCUGUAAUGAAUGUGGAAAAGCCUUUAACCAGAUGGGAAAUCUUAAUACACAUAAAAUAACUCAUAGUGGAGAAAUACAAUUUGAAUUACUUAAUGCUAGGAAGCCAUAAAAUACAUAAAAGAAUCCACAUAAAUAAAUAAAGGUGAAAGCCUUCAAGUAUUAUCAAAGCCUAAAUUACCAUCAAUAUUUCAUACUGAUGAGAAAGCAUUUCUCUAUAAUGUUCAAAAGCUUUCACGUAAAAGGAAACUUAAUUCAUGUGAGAGAAUUCAUUCAGUGAGAUGCCUGUUCUAUUUAUUUAGUAUAGGAAAACUGACCAAAAUUCAAGAUCCAUUUCAUUUUAUAUUCAAGGGAAACCAUUUCAGUCUGAUGAUUGUACUCAAAGAACCUCAGAAUUUUUAGUGGAGACAAAUAUCAUGUUCAAAUGUUACUGUACAUAAUGAAAUUCACAAAACCUCCCUUGUCCCUUUUGAAUAAAAACAGGAAAAUAUUCAGGUUCGGGCCAUAUCAGAUAAUUUGUACUGAAGUAACGUCCAUUUAAAUUUAAGAAAACUUGAGAAAGUCUUUAGAAAAAGUACAGCAUGUCCAGGCAUAUUGAAUGAGUACUCACUCAUCUUUAAAUGAAUUAAAAUUCAUUCACGGACAAGCUCUUUUAAGAUAACUGACAGUAACCUCACCAUAAGUCAAAUCAGUGAUUGAUACCAAGGGAGUAGAGUUCUGAGAGCCUAAUGUACUUUCUUAGAAAACUAUUCAGAGAAGCAGGGAGAGAGUCAAGAUGAAUUCAUAUAGAAGAUAGAUUAACUUACUCUACUUUUCCCUAAAGAGAUGAAAAAAUAGAUGUUGUAAAGAGGCAUAUUUUGGUUUAUUAUAUGUAAGGAGGUCUGAAAAGUUUGAGUCUAAGUGGAAAGCAGCAAUUGGGCAUAGAAAAUAAUGAUGGGAUUGUGUGACCUACAUGUUUCAACUGAGUCUCAUUUUAACUCUCGGUUUGAGUUGAGUUGCAUGCUAUUCAUAGAAGAUCUUAAAUAUAAAAUUGGUCUAAAGCCCCAGUCAACAUAUACUCCCAUAGAAGCUUAAGAGCCAUUGUUUGAGAUGAUGCCUUUUGCGGAUAUAGAUUUAUGAUCAGCAACAUAAUAGGAGUUAUGAGGGAUGGUCUAACCCAAAGUCAAAUCGUGAUGAGAGCCAUGGGUUUACAGUUGGCAUCAGACAAUUGGAUUCAAAAGAAAAGACAACUUCAGAGGGCAUCUUAUUGGAUUUUGUUAGUUUCCCAGACAAAUGUCAUGUAUAUAAUAAUUCCAAGUUGUGCAUUAAGAAUAUUAGCCUGCCCCUUAUAAAUUAAGAACUUCUAAACAUUGUACUUCUAUUAAGAAUAGAGAGCAGAAGGGUAUCCCUUAAUGCUGGAACUCCUGCACAGUUUAACACAGUAAACAUGAAAUCAUCAGAAGCAACACAAUAGAGUUGAAAUGUGACAAUCACCAGAAAACAGAGAUGCAUUGCCCCAGUCAUACAUGUGCUGUGGCUACAUCUGUAGCUGAUUUUUUUCCCUUAACAUGUGUCCCUUUGUGUGUGCCUUCCAUUUGUCUUCCCAGUCUAUGCGAGUACUAUGUGAAUAUUAUUUCCAUCCGUUUUUGUAACCUGUGGGAUAUGCACCCCAUGUACAUGUGGGGUACGUUUUGUUGCUUUCUUUACUAUGCAAUUUGAUUAAAUUUUGUUUUGAAUUAGUGUGUCUUAUGUUUGUCUGAUAAACGUAAACACAUUUGUUGCAACAUGGGAGCUGUGUUUUCAAGUAAGCAUUCAUUCAUAGAUAAAUUCAAAUUUGGGGAAGAUUUUCUAGUGGACUACACUGAAAGAAGAAGUUAUUAUAUUGAGGGAAAGCAUGACAAUAGACCCAGCUAAAGGCAGAGUAGACUUCUUCAAAGUUAAUAGUUUCCCUAACAAUAAUGGUCCUAAAUGGUAGGUGGAAGAUCCAGAUGAUCUUCCAUCAUAGUUAGCUAAUUACAAAAGCUGCCAUUUAUAUAGCACUUUAAGGUUUUGAAAGCCCUUCAUAAGUAUCUCAUACACAAACAAUCCAGGGAUGUAGGUUCUUUAAUUAUCCAUUUUACAGAUGAAGAGACUGAAGCAGACAUUUCAGGUGACUUGUCCAGGAUCACAGCUUCUGUCUUAGGUGGAAAUUGAAGUUGGAUUUCCUUACUCAGUGGCAUACAUUGUGUCAUCCACUACUUUUUUUUUUUUUACUUCUCAAGAUAAUAACAGAGGUUCCCAUGUAGGUACAAUAAAAGGACUACAUACCCUAUAAAAUCUUUCCCAACUUAGAUUCUUUUAUUUGACUCCAGUGGUUAGACUAGGAAAAUACGUGAGUAGGAAAGUCCUAAGGGCAAAGACAAUAUAUGAUUGAAACAAAGUAGGAUGGGAAAAUUGGGAAAAUGAAUGAAACCCAAAAUAGAAAAAGAUGAUUUAGGGGGAGAAGUGAAUAACUAGCUAAAUGUCCAUAAUUCCAAGAAAGAUUAAUAAGAGAUUCUAUAGACUAAGCCCUCAAAAAAUCCUAGUCAUGACUUGGUCCUGGAGGGGACCUUCAGGCUACAGCUUUCAACCAAAAGUCAAACUGGCAAUUUUUUUGUUGUUGUUAUAAGUUAGACUAGAUGUCUAUCAAUGUUGUUUCUCUAUUUUCAAAUCCCAUUAAUUGAUUAUGAACCUAACCAGAAGAUCUUAAAGGAAAUAAUGUUGACUUGAAGUGGUGUAUAGAUAUAUGCUAUAGUAGGAAAGGAAAAAAAAAACAAUCUAUGAUAACAAUAUAAAGUAAAACGGUUAGGUAACAAGUUGGUGAAAUGUAGAGGUAUUAGUACUACAUAAUUGGUUAAAGGCCCUUCUCUCCAAUGUGUUUUUGAAUCAUAUCAGUUGUGUCCAAUUCAUUAUGAUUUCAUUUGGGGUUU